GGCCAAUCAGUAUGUAGGAGCAUUUUAAUCGCAUAUGCAACAUGUCGCGAUCGUCUUAAUUAGAUUAGAGAAUGUUCGCCUAAAAUUACUCCAUUUAACAAUUUAUCUAAUCGUAACAGUUGGAAACCGUUGUGCGUUUCUCACUUUUGCGGUACACCGGUCGUUGACAUGAGGCUGCGAAAUAUCGUGCAAAUGAGAAAGAGUGAAGUGAUGAAAAGCUGGACAUAACCCUGUAACAAUGAGAUGGAUGCCCUAUUUCUAAGUCGAAAUACAUUCUCUUUAUUGUAAUCAAGGCUGUAUUCUGAUACGAGGAAGGGAGAGAGAGAGAGAGAGAAAAGUGAAGGAAAGAGAGAGUAACCGAGCGCGGUGUUUUUCGAAUUAUUUUGGAACUGUAGGCUCAAUAUGGGAUUGCUAUUUGCUAAGUUGUGGAGUUUCUUUGGUAAUGAAGAACAUAAAAUUGUUAUGGUAGGAUUGGAUAAUGCCGGUAAAACAACCAUAUUAUAUCAAUUUUUAAUGAACGAAGUUGUUCAUACGUCGCCGACUAUUGGUUCAAACGUAGAAGAAGUAGUAUGGAAGAAUAUUCAUUUCAUAAUGUGGGAUCUAGGGGGACAGCAGAGCUUGAGGGCCGCAUGGUCAACUUAUUACACGAAUACAGAAUUUAUAAUUAUGGUUAUAGACAGUACGGAUAGAGAAAGACUUGGUGUAAUAAGAGAAGAAUUAUAUUCUAUGUUAAAUCACGAGGAACUUAGCAAAGCCAACGUUUUAGUUUAUGCUAAUAAGCAGGACUUGAAGGGUAGUAUGACAGCCGCCGAAAUUUCAAGGCAACUAGAUUUGACAUCAAUCAAAAAACAUCAGUGGCACAUACAAAGCUGUUGUGCUCUCACGGGAGAAGGGCUCUAUCAAGGACUGGAAUGGAUCGUUGGACGUCUCAAGAAGACAUGACGUACAUUAUGAGAAUUUGUCAUAAAUUCCACGGAAUAACUAAGCUGUAUAAUAUGUGAUUAGCGCGAGUUAGUAUCGUUGCUACUUUGAUGGUCGUACGUAUGGCAAAAAUAAUUUUAUGAUGUUUUAAAACGAUACAUUAAUUUAUAGUACGAUCAUCAAAGUAUAACUGCAUAUACCGAGAGACAAUUACUGUAGCAAAUGUUUAAUGUAUUUCAGAGUGGACGGGCAAAAAAUUUAUUUAUUUUCAAUAAAAUGAUGAUACACGCGCGCGUUUCUGAUAUAAAAGCGUGAAAAUAAUUGUGGAGAAAAAAUGAAUUAUUGAUAGGGAUAAAGCAAAAAAGGGAAAGGAAAAAAAACAGGGCGAAGCUAAAAGAUUGUAAAAUAUAAAAUAGGUUUACCAUAAUGUAUAACGCUUGAUUAAUUUUACAAUAUUACAGAUACGUUAAAUAUGUGUUGUUUUACGUUUAAGUAACAUGCAUUUUCAAGAGUGACAACUGCCAAGUUUUAUUUCUCGUUCGCACAUAAUUCAUAUAUCAUUUAAUUCCUGCAAGUACUAUCCAAUAAACUAUCGGUUAUUAUAAGAAAAAGAAGCGCAAUUGGAAGAAUUUGAAAUAAAUUCUUGAAAAUAGUCCGACCCGUCACUUGUGUUUAUAAUAAAUGCCGAAGCCGCAGGAAAUACUCGUUUACAUACAAAGAGAAUACAUCGUUUGGCUUCUUAUGCAAAAGUAAAAGGUACAUCUUUGUACAUAGUUUUUAUACACUUUAUUAACAAUAAGCAACUGUAAAAAAUAACGAAAAAGAUGAAAGAGAAAAAAAAGAAAAAGAAAAAGAAAAAAAAAAGUAAGAUCAGCAAGUAUAGCUCCAAUCUAUAACAUAUUUUUAACAUUUCUGUAUCAGAUUUUAAGCAGAUUUCUUAGCAUCUGAACUAUGCAAACAGCUGUAGGACUUCAUAACAAAGAUACCCACAGAGACAGUUGAGCAUUAGCAAACAGAAGGUGAAUUGUUCUGCGAUACAUCGACUCGAUAUCGGGACGGGCGGUUGUUUGCUGGAAAAACUUAAUUUGACUUGUGCGUUACAAAUAAUCUUAAUUAAAUCAAUGCACUUGAUGUAACGAUACAAACUCAUUUGUAUGUAAUUGUAUAAUGGAAGAGAAAUUUUUAUUUAUUAAUUCAAAAUAUAUUGGUUUAAUGUUCAACCAACAGCUGUUUGAUAAUAAUUUGUAUGCAACUAGAAACAUUAUUGCGUCUGGGUUGCGUCACUUAGACAAUAUUCAGUUAAACUGUUAACAAUAUUGAGUACCAAUUAAUGGACGUUGAUUAAAUUUACUUGAGAAGAUUUUGAACAUCGUUGUUAAGAUAAAUGCCGUCUAAAGUCAAGAGUGAGAUUCUUACAUAGAAAAUAAUGAAACGUUAAUUUUCUCAUAUUGAGAAAUGACCCUUGAAAAUAACGAACUAUCGCGCAUACGUAUAAUUAUCGCACUGUUCUGCACAUCAUAUAUAAACAUACGUCAUUUUCUCUUUAAUCGAAAUUCUGUCAAAGUGUUUCAAUAAUACAAUUGAUAGAAGCGUGGCUAAAAGUAGUAUUUUUAUCACUGAUCCUUGAGUAAUUUUCGUACUUGAAUUAGUUUAAAAAAGCAGGAAAAAUUCAAAGCAAAUUCUGUAAGGCGUGCGUGAUAUGUGUAUAUGUAUACGUGUGUAUGAAUAUAUGUGUAGGUGUGUGUGUGUGUGUGUGUAUACAUACAUACAUACAUACAUAUGUACACAUAUAUAUAUAUAUAGAGAGAGAGAGAGAGAGAAAUAUAUUAUGUUCAAUUUAAUAAAGAAAGCAGGCGAACCAAUCCUGCGACGUUGUUUAAAAUCACACGAAAUCGUUAGAUCUCUUCUAUCCGUCUUCCUCUUCUUUGAUACUACACGUACAAGUGACGAUCUAUUUUUGUUCCGAUAGUAUUGCUUUUUAAAAAUAUUGACAUGAAAAUCAACGAUCCGUAUGGUAAAAGUACGUGUGCUUUAAAGUUGUAACGAAAUCUCUACGUUAAAUCACAUAAGUUAGAGAUAAUGAGGACUGCAAUGAAGUUGCUCUUAUCGGUAAUUCAUUAUCUUAGAUUGUUACGUUCUGCGCCGUGAUGUUAUAUAGAUAGCAAAUAGCGAAUAAAAUGUAUUUUAAAGGAAAACGCAAAGAAACAUUAGGAUUUUCUUAAUUUCCCGUCUAUCGCAUAUGAAACGAAAGAGUUUGAUAUAAUCGAUAUCAAUAAUCGUUUAUUCCUUUAAGGGUGGACGCACAUGUAGUUGCGCAUUUAUCAGAUUAGGUAUUAAGAAAUGAUCGCGUAUAUCACAUAUUAUUUUUAAAUAUCUAUUUAUUUUCAAGUUUGUUAUAAAUAAAGAAUCGCACACUCAUACAUCCUCAUAACAGUGGAUCUACCACUGGUCAUCCUUAAUUUACGCGUAUCUCGUACCGGCUCGGUAUAAGACCGAAUCGUUUUAUUAGUAUGUUUGACAAAAUCUAAAACCAACAACCUGUGCUAUGGUAAGCACUUUGAAGGAUAUUUAAUUAAGUAUUUAGUUAGCCUUGUAAGUGUUUUCUGUUACGGAGACUAUUAGGUAGUGGGAAUCGUGACAUACGUAAACUUCCUGAGCAAGUGAAAUAAUAUGUGCAUCUAAUUGUAAGACGUUGUAACGAUAUGUAGCACCGUGUACAUACAUAUUUGGCAUUAGCGCUAACUAAUAUACCAA